AAGAAUUGCCAGCAGUCUCUCUGGUCUCAUGCGUUUGGCAAUUUGCUCGCAUCUUCUCUACAGACGAAUAUAUCAUUAAUUCCUUAAAACAGAGAAACACAUACACACUGCACAACAAGAGGCUUCCUCAGAGAGAUUCUGCAAUUUUCAUCGCCGAUCUCUCAACGGUCAGCUUCUUCAUCUGCAUCCUUCUCGAUCUAGGUUUUCCAUUUCUUCUUCUCCUUACACAAUUCCUUUUGUUCGAUUUCAAAUUGAAUCUUCCAGCAGACGUUUGAUUUCGUACGAAUUCCAAAUAGUGACACGAAUAUUAGAGCAGAGUCCUGAAUUUUCAUGAAAUCAGAUUGAUUUUGGGUUUCAAGCUUGCCGAUUAAGCAUUGGGCUAUUGGGAACCACUGUAUAGCUCAGAGGGUGCAAAGGGUGUGGCUCUCGUUGUUCUAAAAUUGCAAACUUGGGUUUAGCUUUGAUUGUUGCGAGCACUUGAGGUGUAGGUAUUUCAUGCUUUUGGACAAGUCUGAGUGAUUUGAGAGUUUUAAGGAGCUCUGGUUGUGUGGCAAAUUGGCAAUAGGUUAUUGUAGUAGACAAUGUUCUAUGGUACAUUGGUAUGGGACCCUUGGCUCAUUGUUGUCCAAAUUGUGUGCCUUCAAUGUUUGUACUAUCUCACUCUUGGGUUCUUCUUGUCAAUUCUUGUUGGGACUCGCGUGUCCCGAAUGAGCCUCGUGUAUUUCUUUGACUAUGCUACUCUCACUAUCUCCACGGUCACUGGGUGGUGCGUCAUUGCUUCGUUUAUGCUCAGUGCACUUGCAGGCGCUGGAUAUCUGCUUCUUCUGAUUGAGAGGGCAAAGAAGUGCUUAGAUUUUUCAGCCACCGUCUACAUUGUACAUCUCUUUAUAUGCAUUUUUUAUGGGGGUUGGCCUUCCUCAAUAACAUGGUGGGUUGUGAAUGGUACUGGAAUUGCAGUGAUGGCUCUGCUGGGUGAAUAUCUCUGCAUUAGACGUGAACUGAAGGAGAUCCCUAUAACACGACUUCGUUCAAAUGUUUGACUGACGAGAAACUCGACAGGCAAGAACACACAUUCUUGUGGGGUUUAGUGGGUAUUUUUUUCGUUGCCUUGGAGGAGCUUCUGGGUUAAGCUCAUGAAUACCCAAUUCAAUCUGUGAUGAGAUCAACCACCUUAUUCUGUGGAUUCUUUUGUCUAUGCUGGUGGCAGUUACCUGAGAACAAGUGUAAAGUUUGACACAGUGCUUUAAAUGAUGGGAGGUUUGAGCACACGAGACUAGGUAUGCAUUGUGUUAGGAGAAUCUUAAUGUACAAGUUUAGGUGGUUUUAAGUAGAGCAAUGCUUACUGUGCUUCUGAUAUCAUUGUCCCCCAUUUUUUUUUCUUUUUCUAAAUUUGUUUUUAUAAAUACACCAUGUCAAUUCAGUUUUCAU